UCAUCAUCAUCAUCAUCAUCAUCACCAUCAUCAUCUUCAGCAUCAUCUGUCAAGCGUGCAGCUGUGGUCAGUGCCACGGCUCAGCCGUCGCUGCGGCUGCCGCUGAGCGCGAAGGCAUGCUACGGAAUCUUUUUUUUGGCAUAAUCUACAGUUCGGUUGCAAGGGAGCACUCAGCUACGGUCGUCGGAAAGGCAUAGGUGGGCAUGGGGACAAGAGUAUCUGCUACUGCGCUGAAGAAAAAAAAAUCGACCGUAUGGCAUAACUGCGGCCAUCCGACCAACGCAGCCUGAUGGUGUAUGGGGCUGGCUCACAUGCAGCAAGCAAGCAAGGCCUUGCAGCUCAACACCCAGGGCUGUAGCCAAAAUCCUCACUUGCGUGCCUGUACCGCGGCGUGAUGGUUCCUCCAUCAGCCGUGACGAUCGCUCUGGCGAAAGUCAGGCGGUGACGCCGCAGGCCGUGACCCCGUGCUCAUAGACGCGGGCGCUGGUCGCUUGACCCUCAUUCCGGGCAUCGAUGCUUCGAUAUCAUUUUAGCUGGACGAUGAUCAUGCUUGGACCACGGCGUGUCGUUGUCGGGUUUGAUGACUUGACGACUGUCUUCGGGCCGUGUCUUUCUCCACUGGCGACGACUCAGGCUGGCAACACGUGCCAGGUCCAUGAUGUAGUAGAUCUGUGAUAUCGCAUCCGUUCAAACACAAGGCGAAGGCCAAACAGCGGGAGAUGCUGUGAGCUGCUCCAGGGCGUUAUGCGCAAGGCGGCUCUCACACAGAAGAGUUCAAGUCGAACUAGCAAGGAAAUCCGUCACCACGCGCACUCCAAACUCGACUCGGCCAGCACAGGCUACCGCCCCGUUCCCACCACCACGCUUCGGACGCUCUCUGGCACCUUCACUUCUCGCUGCUCGUCUCCAGGUGCGCCUGCAUCUGCUAAUCGAGCGCCGUUUUCCCUCUUAUUUUGCUUUUUGUCCGCUUUUUCCUUCGCUUCCUCCGUCUCCAUUGCCGGUGGCCUUGGUGCGCUUUCGACUAGGCUUUAGCAGAACACCGCAGCUCCGACGUCCGUGCGUGACCACGGAUUCCUGUCACCACCACCACUGACCCGUUCUCGCUCGAAUUUUCCGUUUUGCACUUCUCAUGGCUCCGCGCAGGCGGACUCCAUCAGUUGAGUCGAGUCGCAGGUUUGAUCGCGAGGCCAGCUCCAGCCCUGAGAGACAGCGUGCCGCCAGUCCUUCGCGUUGGCGAGAUCGCUUGUCUGCACACGCUGCAUCCUCCCACCGUGAGCCUCAGAGCCCGUACGCACGCCCUGCUCAGAACGACGACAAGUCUGCUGGCGGUUCCAGUCAAGAUCCAGCGCGUCGUGCCAGCCUUGAACGAUCUCAUAGUGCGUCCUCCCGCCACAACGCGCGAGACAGCCUCCGUCAUCGCAGCAGCGUUGCUUCGCUUAGCGACAGACGGCGGGACGCCUCCAUCUCAUCAACAAAGCGUCGCAGAGACUACAGUCCAUCACCUUCGCGUGGGCCUCAGCACCAGCAUAAGCGCCGACCCAGCCUAAGUCGUAGACAGUCACCUCUGCCGGGGCCAAGGUACCCACGCCUUUGGUGCAAUCAUGCCUGCUCCUCCUCCAUACUCACAUGGGAUGCACAGAACAGAUCACCAUCACCAUCGUCGGUCCUCGCCAGGGUCUCCAUAUCAUCGCCGUCGCUCUCACUCGCGAGACCCGCACUAUCGCUACAAUCACCGUACACAUUCUCCACCUUUUGACCGUCAACACCCGCCACCACUGCCUCGAAGCCCACCACGGGCGGCCCCCCGAACCUUGGAAGACCACAAUCCAUCGCACAGGGGCAGGGGCAGUGAGCGCUGGGAGCGGGAAUCUGUCGUCUCAGAUCAUAGAGACCCAACAAGGGGCGCGUAUUUGGACCGUAGAGGGGACGCCCGCGAUCCGUAUAGACGUAGUCCGCCUCGAGACUACAGUCGACAAUCUUCGCAUCGUAUUCCGCGUUCACCUCCACGUCAUUCGACCCGUGGUCGAUCGCCACCGCGGUAUCCAUCGCCUCGUAGACCUGGUCCAAGGUACCCUUACGAGAAAUCUCGUGGACCAAGCUAUAGUCGCCGAUCUUCGCUUUCUCCGCCAAGGCCGGGUCUGGAUUCCCGUCCACGCUCACCCGAGAGAGGUCGACCUCGACAGAUCAGCAACACGGCCGCGUCGAGUCGGAAACCGUCUAAAGACUCUCGUCGCAGCCCCUCCCGCGAAUCACCCCGUGAAGACGACAAAAUGAGCUACGGUGGCUACGGACAUCCUCCGUCUCGAGGCGGCUACAGCAACUAUCGCUACUCGGGUUCACCUCCACAUGGCCCGAAUUAUCACGGAAGCCCGAAUGGACCUCAUCAAUCUGGAUAUUCACCACAACAGUCGCCAUACCCGCCUAGGCUUGGUCAAAGUGAUCAGGGAUAUUUCCAACAGAGCCCACCAUAUAACAGCCAUCAUCACACACCGUAUCCUCAGAAUUCAACUUCCUCUCAUACGCCCACUGGCUCAUAUGCACCCCGCGGUGGAUUCAGAGCUGCUGCUGCACUUUCGGGGUCAAGGCCACAACUUUCGACCACAGCACCAGCAGUUACGACUGGUCCUCACGUGCGUAAUCUGUCGUGGACGCCAAAAACUGGCACCCGUGGUGGGCAUGCACCAACGAUGCAUGGCGCCAAUGCACAUACAUUACAGAACAAGGAGAAGGAUGCCACCACGACGGCAGAGGAGCCGAAGGCAGAAGGCAGCACUGAGAAUCCAUUUAGGCCAGCCAAUAAAGAGCUUCGAGUAGAGGAUGAGGCUGGGAAGACUAGCAAGUCGAAGGACAAUGAAACCAAAGCAACAAAUGAGGUGCAUGGGGGUCAGAUACGAUUUGGGCUUCCAAAACCGGGCGCAACUCCUGCACCAGCGAAGCCGAAUCCGUUCCAAGCGAGGAGGAAUCCGUUCGAGACUUCGCUACGAGACGCGCCAACGACGGACGAGAAGAGGACUAUGCGCACAUCUUCGUCACGAUUGGACGAUCCGGAUCGACAAGGGCUCGAACCGCGGCAGGAAGAGCUUGCUCCCAAGUGGAAAGGACCCAAGCCGGCGCUCAAGCAUUCCGUGAAUAAGACCUUCUACGACAGGAGAAAAGCAGCCCGAAAUGUCAGCUGGGGACGGCUGGCGCCAUCUUUCGGCGACAAGGAGUUGAAGCAAAAACUCCAAAGGCUUCGGUUGACGGUUAUAUCACAAGGGCAUCCGUUAAAACAGCUUCAGUGGUCGAACCUGCGGCCCAAGCCAGAAGUUGCUGAGCCAGACGACCCACCCGGUCUACAAGAGGCACUUGAGAACAGAAGCAUCCUCGAGGAGGAGGCUUACAGAAAGCAUCCAAGGAAGAGGCCCAGCGGACAGUUACCACGACUAGCCAAGGGCGAAACCUUGGAGCAAACUUUCAGAAAGGAAGUUAUUGCCGUAAAAUAUAAGGUUCGACGUCCGCAGAAGGUGUUGCAGCCAGAGUAUCGGAAUUCAAGCGUAUACUACCGCAGGCCUGGCAACGAAUCCGUCGUAGGCUUUGGCACAUAUGGAAAGGUGUUCAAAGCGAAACAUAUUUACAAAGGCGAGGACGUUGCUCUGAAGCGGCUGCGCAUGGAAGCUGAACGAGAUGGCUUCCCGAUCACCGCCAUGCGUGAAAUGAAGAUUCUCAAGCAUCUAGAGCAACGGCAGGGUCAGGGCGUAAUUCGUUUGCACGAGCUGCUUUACGAAGUCAAUCUGCAAAACAGCGUUGCCUGCUUCAUGGUUUUCGAGUAUAUGCCGCAUGAUUUAACUGGCUUGCUAAACCAUCCAACAUUCAAACUUACUCUGGCCCAAAAGAAGGACAUGGCUCGGCAGACCAUUGAUGCAAUUGGUUUUAUGCACAAAAACGGCGUGUUGCAUCGUGACAUCAAAGCCGCCAACAUCCUUGUGUCACACCAAGGCGUGAUCAAACUCGCCGAUUUUGGUCUCGCUCGCUUCUUCGACAUGGAUCGACAACUCCAUUACACAAACCGAGUCGUCACCAUAUGGUACCGUGCGCCCGAAUUACUGUAUGGACAAACAGAAUAUGGCCCUGCUAUUGAUGUCUGGGCCGCAGCCUGCGUUAUAGUUGAGAUUUUCACGCGACACGCCAUUUUUCCAGGCAACGGCAAAGAUCUCAAUCAGCUUCUCAAAGUGUGGGAGGUUAUGGGAUUUCCAACCCCAGAAGAAUGGCCGGCCGUCUCCAAGACUGAAUGGUAUUUCAUGAUGCGGCCAAAGGAAGUCAUGCCAAACAUCUUUAAAGAGAAAUAUUCGAGCGGUGAUCUUGGUCAGCAGACGACCCCCGAGCUGCUUAACCUCCUUGCUUCGAUGCUGCGUUACGAUCCCUCCAAACGACCUUCCUGCGAAGAGUGCCUUCAGCACCCAUUCUUUACGUCAGAAGAGCCGGCUCCCGAGCGCGUGACGACGGAGCUAGAAACGCUAGGUGACUGGCACGAGUUCGAGAGCAAGAAGGCAAAGAGGGCCAAGGAAGCUGAGGAUCGUGUUGAGAAGGACCUAAAGGAAGGUCCGCCAAGCUGCGGACAGUAUGUAAAGGAUGAACGACGGGAUAAAGGCUAUAGGAAGGAUGUGCUGUCGUUACUGAAGACGGAGAAGAGGGCAGCGAAUUUCUCGCCGACCGAGCCCGAAGCGAAGAAGCUUCGGGCAUAACGUUGUGUUCAUAGCCAUCUCUUUGGACGUGCGGUUGUGUAGUUAUGCUCAUGAAAUAUCGCUUUUGGCUCAGAAUAAACCCAGAGACACUUUACAUCAUAUCGUAGAUCAGUGUAGCUGCCAUCAUACUCU